UUCAAUUUCAUUCUCUAAUCAUCUUUAGGAAACAAAAAUGAAUGAAAUUGCUGAUGUUGAUAGUUGGCUGCUCAAAGGGUGUCCCAAAUUCUUCUUCAUCUUCUUCCCUCGACGACACCGGCUGUGUUUAUUCACAGUUACCAUCGGCGGCAACCGUGAGAGUCAUCAGGCGACACAAUAAGGACGAUCAUCUGCCAGAAAUUAUCCUGAAACCGCCGCUCGUGAGGCCUUACGUUAGAUCCAAAAUGCCUCGUUUGAGAUGGACGCCUGAUCUUCACCAGUGCUUCGUGCAUGCAGUUGAACGCUUGGGUGGAGAAGACAGAGCAACCCCAAAGAUGGUUUUACAGAUAAUGGAUGUGAAAGGACUAACAAUCUCUCACGUUAAGAGUCAUCUUCAGAUGUAUAGGAGCACCAAGCAUGAACAGAUGGUGCAAGAAGAGGGUGUUGCAGCAAGGAGGAACGAGGAGGUAUCGGAUCCGAUGAACAUGAACUACCAACAAAAUCAUCAGUUUAAGGAUCAUGGGGGACUCUUUAAUCGCAAUUCGUUCCCAAGUAUCUGCCUCGGAAUCCAAGGGAUGCCUUCGAGCACCGAGAACAAUGAACAUCCGAACUUGGAGCCGCUACACGGUGCUGCGAAUCGGAAGUGCAAUCAUCAGUCAGCUGCGGAGAGAACGGCGUCGGAUUGUUCGAUUAACUCGAAAGUUUCGGAGACGAUGUUAAGGCAUAGCAAAGCUGAGACCUUAGGUGUGAAUGAUGUUUCUCUAGAACUCACUCUUGCUUGA